CACAACCACACGCAGCCGUCAGAGAUCGGAUGGGUGGUGAUGUAGUGGCGCCGUUUUGGCCACCAGUGUCUGUUCUUGUCUGUUCUGAUUAGCGGUGUUUGAAGCCAGCCAUUUUGUGCUCUAGCUAAAGAUGAGUAGCGAAGUCGCGGCCCUCUGUGCUGCUGGCCAUUUCGUCCUUAUAGUAUCGUCCUCAUUCAUUCUGUACGGACCUGCAUUGCUGCCCACAAUGCACCGUCGCCCCCCGGUGGCCAUCGUCAGGUCAGUCGAUCACUCACACACGAACGAGUGCCUGAGCAUCUGGCUAUGUAUGUGCCUUUCUCCCCGUGUGUGUGUGUGUGUGUGUGUCAUGUGACUUGCAGGUCACUGGUCAGUUUGCCAUUGCAUAAGGAAGCCCAUCUAUUCUAACCGCCCUCUUCCUCCAUCAGUACGAUCCAUAAGGUAUGUGUGCCACAUACAUGCCAAGCCGAAUAUGCCCUCAGCUUCACGUGUCUCUCCUCGUGUGUGUUUAUGCCGUUGCGUGCAGGUUUCCAAUGUCGUUAACGAAGCCAAUAUGCUACUCGCCGUCCUUUUCGCACUCUGCACACGCCACCGCCACACUAAGGUAGGUGGGUGUGGGCGUCAGUCACACACACAUGCAUGCACACCGAAGUACCUGCUCAUCUGUCUACGCUGUGUCUGUGUCUCUGUCGCUCAGCAACCCGAUCGCCUGCCUCCUCUUGCCCACAAGUCUCUGCCACACGCCACACAAGCCGAGAUCGUUAAGCCGAGGCCGUCUUAAGGGUCACUGUGUCUGCUAGGG